CGGGCGCUCGGCCAUGUCAGUGGAGAGUGCGGGGCAGGGGCCGUGGCCCGGGCCGGAGCCGGGGCCGGGGCCGGGGUCCGAGCCGGGGCCGCUCUGCCCCGAACACGGCCAGGCUCUGAGGUGGUUCUGCUGCUCUGAACAACGGCCCGUGUGCGCCGCCUGCGCGGGACUGGGCGGCCGCUGCCGGGGGCACCGCAUCCGCCGGGCCGAGGAGCGCGCGGAAGAGCUGCGGAACAAGAUUGUGGACCAGUGUGAGAGGCUGCAGUUACAGAGUGCUACCAUCACCAAGUAUGUGGCUGACGUCCUGCCAGGGAAGAACCAGAGAGCAGUG